AAGCACAGAAGAGGCCGAGAUCCAUACCAAGAUGGGACAUUUUCACGCCUAUACCCUUUUAAGAAAUUGGCCUUGCUUCUUUUGACCAUCUCAAGCAUCCCCAUGCCUCUCCGACUUUGCUUUUCUUCCGUCCUGCACGCAUAUCUUUUCUCAACAUCACCUUAUUGGCUGGGUUGAAGCAUCACAGACAAUCGAUGAGGCGCGAUGUAUACCUCCAUCCCACCCAGCAGAAUUUGUUAUGCUGUAGCCUGGCUUCUCCUAGCCAACUGGCCGCCUGAACCUCCAGCUCCCUUGAUCAUCUCAAUCCCAUGUCUCGGACAUGCGUAAAAAAGGUCCGAAUGCAACUUCUCGAAUGGCCCGCGUUGUCAUUACUGUGUACGAUGCCAGAGAGCAAGCAAAGCAAAGGCAGACGGUGCAAUUUGAAGGAGAUGGCACGUGGGAGCAUGGAGGUGAGGUAAAUAAUCAUGGGCGUCUCCACGCGGAGGCGAGACUAGACCGACUAGCUACUCGCGGAGGGUGUAUCGGGAAUGGCCGGGCAAGUUAGGAAUGGACGGACAGGCACGGAUAUCGAGGAUGAGGGGCAGCGGCGUGUUGAAGGUGAAGAACCGCGAUGGGCGAUCCGACGUCGGGCGGUCGUGGACAUUGUUAGCAGCGGCAUGUAGUAC